AAAACAUAUAAAAAUCUUCUUGUCGUUAGUUUGGGAUUUACUUUUUUAUUUACAGCUUUCCAAGCUUUGCAGAGUUUGCAGAGCAGCAUUCACAAAAAUGACAAUCUUGGAUUUGCCUCAUUAGUUGCAAUCUAUGCUGCGCUCAUGAUAUCAUGCAUGUUUGUACCCCCAUUAGUUAUUAAAAAAAUUGGAUGCAAAUACACUGUGGCAUUUUUAAUGAUUGGUUACAUUCCAUUCACACUUUCAAUGUUUUAUCCAACUUAUUGGACAGUCGUUCCUGCGUCAUUAUUAUUAGGAUUUUGUGGGGCUCCUUUAUGGUCUGCAAAAUGCUCUUACUUGACUUCUUCAGGAAUGAUAUAUGGAAAAUCGAUGAAUUUUUCAGAAGAUAACAUGGUCAACAAAUUUUUUGGAAUAUUUUUUUUAAUAUUUCAGAGUGGACAAAUUUGGGGAAAUCUUAUAUCUUCUUUAGUUUUAAAACCGUCUGGUGGUAAGCUAAAUUCUACUGAAGCUAAUAUUGGAGAGGUAUGUGGUAAAAACUUUUGCCCUUCUACUGAUAUUUCGUCUGCACACCAGGAAACAAGCAAAUCAACGGUAACACUACUUAUGAGCAUAUAUUUGGGUUUCGGCGUCUUAGCAGUAUUUUUUGUGUUCAUUUUCUUGGAUAAGAUUAAAAUUAUUCGAGACAAUAAAAAACGAGGAGCAUGUGACUUAUUCAUCAGCACAAUGAAGCUUUUAAAAAAUCCUAAGAUGAUGUUGUUGAUACCAGUAACAAUUUUUAGUGGGCUUGAGCAGGGAUUUGUUUUUGGAGAUUUCACAAAGGCGUUUGUAACAUGUGGAUUGAGUAUAGAAAAAGUUGGAUUGAUUAUGAUAUGCUUUGGUGCAACGGAUGCCAUAUUUUCAUUAGCUCUCAGUAAAAUUGUAAAAAAGAUUGGCAAAUUUAUUGUAAUUUUGAUAGCUGCAUUAGUUAAUUUUGGUUUGUUGGCUACGCUUCUCAUAUGGGAAGUCUCAGAAAAUACAGAACAUGUUUUUUACAUUUGCGCAGGAAUAUGGGGAUUUGCUGAUGCGGUUUGGCGAACUCAAGUGAACGCAUUCUACGGUGUUCUAUUUUCUACUAAGCAAGAAGCUGCAUUUUCAAAUUAUCUCUUGUGGGAAGCAUUUAGUUUCGUUAUAGCAUUUUCAUACGGUAACGCUUUUUGCAUUAAUGUGAAAAUUUACAUACUGAUUGGAAUGUUGGUAUUGGGUGUGACUUUUUACGGUGUUAUUGAAUGGAUAAUAAGAGACGAAAAAAAAUCUAUUGGUAGUUAUAUGUCAGAAACCAUAAAAAAUGUUUAUUGAUACGAGGAUUUAUUGAUACGAGAUAAAGUAACGAUAUAAACUACUAGCUAAUAAAAUUAAAAAUUAUUUCAAAAAUUCUUUUUGUGAUAAUAUAUAUUUCAUUUGUUUUUA